CGACAUGAUGCUUGGCUAUGCAUCGAUGUCUUGGAGGGUAAAUUGUGACUGAACAUUUGCCUAGGUGAAGUAUCGGGGCAUGUUGAUUCCCGGUAAUCCCGCAGUAGGCGUCCAAGAAGGAUAAGUGUAAGCUAAUUUACCCAUCCUCAUUGCCUGCCAUUGCACUCGGAGAAUCUCAAUUUUUCUGAUUCGGAAAACAAACACCUUGCUAAUCAUUAGAAUCUCCGUGUUCAGGGCAUGUAUUUCUAAGGUACCUAGAGCCAUCCCGCCAUCGCCUCGGAGUCGAAGCUCUUAUCGCUAUCUUAUCGAGUCUUAUCGCAGAGCUUGAGUGGGGUCUGGUGGCGAGGUGUCGCGACGGUCCGGCGGAUAUCUAGGACCCCGCCUCGCCACUGUUGCAUUGUCACAGCCUCCCAGCUUCAACACUCCUGAACCAGACUGCAGCAUUACAGGUUGUUGCUUCUUUGCACACCCGUCAAUUACAGUUCAACCUAUGACAAAAUUUAACCAGUCCAAUCCAAUUGAUACGCAUCUAGCUUGCCUGGUCCCAGCUUCGUCGGAUCUUGAAGCGUACCUCGACCACAUAUAGUGAAACAAGCGCCCCAGCUUAUAACUGACGACACGUCUUUUGACGUCUCUGUUUUGAAGUCCGCCUUGUUUAUUAUCGUCUCUAUCGAAAGACAUCAUUUUGAUCGUAUGCAACAUGUCUACCUCCAUUAACGACCUUCCGAAUGAGAUCCUGGCCCAGAUCUUCUCCCACUUGGAUCGACCCGCGCCGUCAGACUCGAAGCUGCAUGACCAGCCAUCAUCGUUCAUGCUAGAGAAUCUCUUCUUCGACCGAGACCUCAAAACAACUUCUCUUGUCUGCAGAAGAUGGAGGGAUUCUAUCCUGCCUGUCCUCUUCCGUCAUGUCGUGUGGACCUUCGACCGGUUCGAGUUGCCGCUGAUGGAGGAGACGGGAGACCCAGCAUCCGCGAUUGACUUUCUCGUUUUUCUCAGGGCCAACAACCUGACAAACUACGUCAAGUCGCUGACAAUGUGUGUUGAGGAUGCUAUGGGCGGUCUUUCCUCGGACAUAACCAGCAGUGCCACUCUCAUGGAAACCGGCUUCGCGAACAAAGCUUCCUACAGCGAGGACUACAACUGGGUUUGGAGAACCAUCUUCGAGCACAUCGAUCCUCUGCGGCUGACAAUCAUCGCAUCGCCUCGGGUACUCGCACAGUUAUUAUCCUGCAUGCUCUUCCUCGGAGAUGCGUGGAACUUCUCCAUGCCCCAACAUGUCUUGUCUUUGUCACGUCAAGACAAGAAGACGGCCAUGAAAGAGUACACAUCACCUGUCGCAACCUCCUCAAAACGGGCACCUACACCUGAAUCAUCGCAUAUAAAACGCGUCUCUUGUGAUCUUUUCACCAUCCGUCCGUGGCAGGCCCUCCUCCUCAACGAGGGCUCUUCGACCCGCGUCUACAAGACAUACGAGUUCUACCUCAAGCGUCCGCCCUCUAUACUUGGCGCUCUCCUCGGAGCCGAAGAGUUCCCUAACGACGAAUCGAUGAUCGGCCCAUCCAUUCGCGACCUAUCCUACGUCGGCAUCUUCCCCCUUUCGAGCCACUUCAGCACCCUCGUCCAGAACAUCCCUCGCCUCGAACGCCUCUUUGUGCAGCUUGUGCCUCGCAACGACAUUCUCCAGGACGUCGACGAGAUGCGCAACGUCGACCUCGCCGAUCUUUGGAUGGAGCGCAACACGGCCUACUCGAUAUUGUUUCGCGAGCUCUUCGACCCGGACCCGGACAGCCACUGGCUCGACCUCCGGGUCUUCGAGAGCGGCGAUGCGGCUGACAAGGAGGCGUGGGAUAUGGCCGUGCAGUUUGUGCAGUUCAGCGGCGUCAAGGGGUGGAAGGUCGAGAGCGAAGGAGUCUUCGUGCGGGAGGGCGAGGGCGGCUCCGGCGCGCUGUUCGGCAUGUCUCAUCUUCCGAGUCAACUUAGACGCAUGGCGUUCAAUGGUGUUGCACCCCUGCCUGUCUCCAGUGUGUCGCUCUACAUGGGAGAUGCCACAGCGCCGUAGACGGGAUAUCAAGGGUAAACCCACGAGUCCGCAACAAAACCUCAUCAGUAAGACGAUAU